ACAUUUUAUUGUUUUUACUUUCAGGAAAUACAAACAACUUGGUUUCGUAUGCGGAAAUCAAACGCGGCGUACAUAUAUUAGGCAACGUCAACAUAACUGUUGUUAACGCCAACAGUAGAGUUGUGCCAAAUAUGCAAAACUUAGAUUCCUGCAGUGUCAUCGUGUUUCCAUCGUUGAAUCCAGACCAUGAAGAAAUCCAGGUGGAUGGUGAUGAAUCACUUUCUUCAACGCUUGAUAUAAAGACCAACAUAAAUAAAGAUGGCGUGGAAAUGAUUGGAAAUGAUGCAAUUGUAAAUUAUUUGGAUGUCUUGAAGGCGCUCGUUUACAGCAAUAAGAAACCGGCUUACUACCUGAAUCGCGUCUUUAAACUUGGCUGUACACAGAUGAACUCUGAAUUUAAGAGUCAAGAAUUUACAUUGACGUUGACGGUGUUACAUCCAAAACUAGUACCCAAGACCACAAUAGCCCCGACGUCGGCAAUGGCUGCCGCUGAAAAUUCGCCGUAUAGCAUUAGCGGCGUUAGUGGCGUCGCUUUAGGGCCGACAUUGGCAGAUAAUAGACUCUUCGCACAUGCGAUGGUACAUUCACACGAUGUGCAGGAGCCCAAGAUGCAUGUGCAUUCUAUCAUUCACAAAGCUGAAAGCUCACACCCGACGAUGCUAAUAAUCUUAAUAUGCGUAUUUUUGGUGAUACUAUUAUGCGGUGUGUCCAUUGCCCGUUUGAAAAAUAAUAGCUUGAAGUAUGUGGAUAGUCAUCAGCCUGGUUCGAAGAUUGCCGACGAGGGCUUGGUUUGGGAUGAUUCCGCGUUGACAAUUACAAUAAAUCCAAUGCAAACUGAUGGUGUUUCUGAGGAUAGCACAGAUUCUGAAAACUCCGAAUCCGAGGAUGAAGAAGGUAUAGUUAAGAGGUUGUUGUUGUUACCAUAGUAGCUCUCGGCAGGC